AAGCAGCCAAGUUCCCCCCUUCCUUCCUUCGGGCUGGCAGGUGCCCAUCCCAUGCCUCAGGCACAUACACAGUAUACCUUCGGGAGCCUUGUUAGUGUUACUCUCGGUCUCUCUUCUCUCUCGCGACUUGACGUUCCAACGACGGCCCCUCGGCACUGGCCUGGACUUCAGGAACAAUCCACACAUGCGCUGCAGUGUGGUGCUGACGUUGGGUAUGGAUACGGAUACCUGCGCUGAUGGGGGCAGCCGCGGCGUGGCAAGGUAACAUCCCCAAUUUCUCGACCAUUGUUUCUCAAUGUUUCCGUGGGCGCACAGUCUGUUCAAUGUUACAUCGCAUACAGCCGCCAUGGGCGCUGGACACUGCUUCAUCCGACCAAAAAAAGAAGAAGAAGCAAAAGAAGCACUGGAAUAUUUCCUGUCUUUCCAGCGCGGCAACGAGCCGUCCACAUUCCAGCAAUACGUCGCAGGCCUCCGCGCAGUACAGAGUUCCUUACCGAAUGUGCGUAAAGAUUGGCGGGUGACAAGCAGAUACCCGUCCUCGACUGCGGUACUCUCUGGGCCCCCCCGGAGCCACCGGCUGAUCGUCAUUCUUUCGCAUCCAGGAUUCCCAAGGAGGGACGUUCAACGGUGUUCGGACCCUGGCACUGUCUGGGCCUCUUUCCCCCCUGGACUCUUGACUAGCGGAAAAAGCUGGAGCCCUUUUCCCAGUUUCCGCGUGUUUCAAGGAACAAGCACCUGUCCGACGGUUCAUCCAAUCAUGCAAUGCCGGGGAAGGAAACAAGAUGGCAUUGUGACAAGCGACAAAGCAAGUUGGACAGAGAGAUUUGAGUCCGUGGGGAGACGAAGUGAAAGGUUGGACGAGCGGGCAAUAGCAAGGACAUGGGACGGAGUCACACAGUCACUGGGGACAAGGAGGCGUGUGGUCAAGCCUUUCGCCCAUCAGCCGUCUACCGCCAUCAAGCGAUUGUCGCGACAGAAUAGCAGAGCACCUCAGCUGGCAGAGACCAGACAGAACUUACCAGACCAGCCGCGAGGGAAUCGGUCUCGGUAAGGCCCUAGAGACAUGUGAUGGACUCAAUACUUGGCUUUGUGAUGCUUGCUGACUUGGCAAGACUUUACGACUUUCGGCUAUAUCCUGCCGCCCCCGUACUCCAAGAUCCAUGGCCUGCGCCUCGCUGCCCACCUCGUGUUGUCCGAUCUUCUUUCCACUUCCCGACAACCCAAUUGCCGUCCACACGACGAUGGUUUCCUCUCAGUCCCAAAACGAGUCACGACGUUGGCAGUUGCUGGUUCAAUGACUGGCCAGAACGAUGAACGGCUGACGUUUCCUCGGCACCCAGUUCCGCUUGUCUGAUGUCUGGGUUAGCGUGCAGUAGUCCGCCCUGCUUCCCAUGACUAACGGCUUGACUUCCAGACAACGACAGUUUUGGGGUCCUGGGGUUGUUUAGGCGAACGGCCAGCAAACAUCAAGAUGGCGGAUCGAUCGAGCCUUGUUGGAGGGUCAAGAGGGGGCCACGCCCGUAUCAAGGAGUCGAGUCCAUCCCCUUCAAGGCUACGAAGCAAGCCCGGCCCGCCAGAAAUGGCCUGAAGCACGUCUUUUUUUUGUGAGGAUUGUCCCUUGGUGGAGCGUUGCCAAUGAUGCAGCGAGCAGGUCGGCCAAGAGGCUGCGCUAACGGAUCCAACGGGCUAUUCUCGCACCUCCAUGGACCGUUCAAGUUGCUUCUUCUGUCUUGGUACGUUCUUUUUUCGGACAUCCAGCCCCAGAGCCAGGUUCAGCGAACAACAGUUGCCGUGGAGUCAACCAUCUCAGUGUCGAUUCACGAUUCGUACAGAAAAUGCAGAGAAACUGCCUCGGCCAAGGUGGAGGAUCUCUAAGACCACAGGGUUAUUCUCUUCGCACUUCAUCCUAAUGCCAGGUUGGUCCAUCUUUGGUGACUGCUAUUCUCAGUGGAGGAACUGCAGUCACCCCCCACUUUUGCUGUUUAUUCCCUCUCGGGGCUUUUGCGACUUCUGUAGGACGCUACCCGUCCCUACGGUGCGGCCCUGGUUGUGCCUUGACAGCGCUUCCAUGCUCUCUCAGGUACCGAUGGCACCGUCAGCAGCUCCUUCGUCACUUGGUUGGGCGAGAGGGUGGUGGCAUUGGAUGAAUGGUGCCAGCGCUAGCAGGACCUGCAGGCCUCCUCCUCCUCCACCACGCACACCCCCUGAGCCCUGCUUUCCGCGCCCCCCUCUUCCCACCUCGCCCAGUCUCGCCAGUCCCGAAGUGGCUCACCUGUGCCUGGCCCUGCGGCCUGCCCUGGAUGUUGCUGUCCAAGACUCCAACGUCGUGUCGUGUUUGUGUGCCUGUCGUCUGGUGCAGUUUUUGCCUGCCAUACAAAUCCCGGUCGACAUCCGCUUCCCAGUUUCGUACACCUUUUUUGAUCUUUCUUUUUUCUCUCUUUUCCUCAUCCAACAACGCUCCCUCUUGUUUGACCACAAACCCAUUCAUUCAUUUUUCUUGGACCCUUGAGCAGUGCUCGACCAACUAUCAGUCCUACCAAUUCAUUCCUUCACAGAAGACUGUUUCGAGGUUCAUCCAAACUACCAACCAACGGAUUCAUCCCGUCUUGUCGUCACACAGAGAGUUCAGUGAACUCCCUUUUCAUCCCAACUCUACAGAACCAAUCAGCCUGCCUCAAAACAUCAAGUGCAUACCGAGGACUGCUCCGAGCUCCCAUCGACAACCUUGAACCCAACCAGGCUUUCCACGCUGUAGCAAGCACAUUCCCUGAUCAAGAGGCUUAGCCCAUUGCAUUCAUUUCGCUUCCAACUCCACCUUGACGGAAAGGACGAUCACCAACUUUACUAUCAAGAGGCCGUAUAAGUCUCCUGAAUCACACAAACCAAAACCACUUCGACUACCAACCAACAGUCUUCAAGCCAAAAUGAAGACCGCCGCCUUCCUCUGCGCCGUCCUGGCUACCACUGCCAUUGCCCAGCCCCAUCAGCAUGGAAGCAAACGCCGCCAUGUCCACGGCAAGCACCAGAAGCGUCACCUCGUCACCGAGUGGGUAACCGAGACCGCCUACGUGACCGAAUAUGUUGAUUCAACCUCCACCGUUUGGGUUGAACCCGAGGUCUCGUCCACCAGCUCGGCGCUUCCUACCACCUCCGUUCCCGCCCAGUUCUUCGAGCCCGCCGACCAGCCGUCUUACACCACCUUGUCAACCUCCACCAAGCCUUCCGCGGCUGCUUCUCCCAUCAAGGAAUCCAUUCAGCAGCAGGCGCCCGCUCCCGUCCCCACCACCACAUCUACGCCCGUCCCUGCUCCCCAGACCCCGACUCCCGAGCCCGUCCCGACUUCAACCUCUCUCUACGUUGCUCCCCCGCCGGCUCCUACCACGUCCACUACUCCCGCGCCCGCGCCUCAACCUACUACCAGCCAGGCUGCUCCCGCGACCACUUCCGCUGCUUCUGGUGGUUCCGGCGGUGGAUCUGGUGGCAACACGCGCACUGGUGACCUGACUUACUACGCUGUUGGUCUUGGCGCCUGCGGUGAGGACGACAGCGGCAAGGACAACACGGAGAACAUCGUUGCCAUCUCUGUCGCGGUCAUGGGUGCCCAGUCCAACGGUAACCCGUACUGUGGAAAGAAGGUUCAGAUCACCUGCGACGGCAAGACCACCACUGCCACCGUCCGCGACAAGUGCAUGGGCUGCAAGGCGGAUGACAUUGACGUCAGCGAGAAGACCUUCCUCGACCUCUUCGGCGACCUUGGCGUUGGUCGCGGAACUGUCGAGUGGAAGUUCCUUGACUAAGAGGCGCACUGGUGCGCGCUCUCGCUCCAGCCUCCCUGGGGUUCCGCGGGUGCUUCAUCGUCUUUUGCCAUGCCGCUUCCCAAUGGACGUGCCGCGCUGAUCACCCAUCAUGGUAUUUUCCCAGGACAGCCAUUUUUCACCCGAAUCUCAAUAACAAUUAUGGUCACAUUUCACCCCUCUUGAAUGGGGACGGCGCCUGGUUCACAGCACGGGACUGGAUUGGAUAACAAAGAGACAACAAACAAAACUACGGUUUUGAUGACGUGAUGACGAAUAUCUCUAUACCUGUGGAUGCGUACUCCAUUCGUGGGUCCAUCAUGGGCGGAUGCAUUUGGUGUUCUGUUUGUGGGUAUGCUUGUCCACCGGUCAGUUUCUAAACUUAACUUUCAAUGUAUAUAUCUAUUAGGGGUGGUUACCACCAUAUGGUAUCCCCGAAUGGGCUAUUGGGACCAGUAUGGUUUCCAGGACGAAAAUAUAAAGGAGAAAAAAUCCCAUCAUUGGAACUCGAUCUGCAAUCCCAC